GUUAUGAGCAGCAUGAACCAAUCAGAGAAAUCUGGGCGGGAACUUGAGCAGAACGAACCAAUCGGAGUGACCCACGACCCAAUGGACGCUAUUGGUCUGUGUGAUGGUGAGAGAGUCAGUGGAAGUUUGGAGGACGAGAGAAAAAGAGAGAAAAACUGGAUUUAGCUUCAAAAUAAAGCCAUAAAUAUCAUGGUGUCACUAACAGCAGUCGUGUACAAACUAGUGAGCUGUGUGUCCUUUGUGCUUGUGCUGCUAGAUCUACGAUACGCAGGAGUGUCAUGUGGCAGCGAGAAGAGCAUAGAGAAGCACUUGGAGAUGGGGAAGAAGCUCCUGGCUGCUGGACAGCUGGCCGACGCUCUGUCUCACUUCCACGCAGCUGUUGACGGUGACCCGACAAACUACAUGGCCUACUACAGAAGAGCCGCCGUCUACCUGGCCAUGGGAAAGUCUAAAUCCGCUUUACCGGAUCUAAGCAAAGUCAUCGAACUUAAACCUGAUUUCACAUCGGCAAGACUUCAGAGAGGAAGCUUACUACUGAAACAAGGAAAGCUCGAUGAAGCUGAGCGUGAUUUCAAAAAAGUGCUGAAAUCGAACCCCAGCAGCAGAGAGGAGCAGGAAGCACAGAGCCAGCUGAAGAAAUCAGAUGAAAUCCAAAGAUUGGUGACUGAGGCUCAGACACAUUUCGAUCGUAAAGACUACGGCUCAGCGGCUGGACUCCUGGACACGGUUAUUGAAACGUGUGUGUGGGACGUUUACUCCAGAGAGCUCCGAGCCGAGUGCUUCAUUCAGCUGGGAGAGAUGGGUAAAGCCAUCAGUGAUCUUAAAGCAGCAUCCAAACUGAAGAAUGACAACACACAGGCUUUCUACCAGCUCAGUACCAUCUAUUAUAACCUUGGAGAUCAUGAGAUGUCCCUCAAUGAAGUACGAGAGUGUUUGAAGCUGGACCCUGACCACAAGCAAUGCUUCAGCCACUAUAAGCAGGUGAAGAAGCUCAACAAGCAGAUCAUGUCAGCUGAGGAGAUGAUCCAGCAGCAGAGGUACGGAGAAGCAGCGAGUAAGUACGAGUCGGUUAUGAAGACGGAGCCGAACGUGCCACAGUACACUAUUCAUGCCAAGGAGCGCAUAUGCCACUGUCUUUCUAAGGAUCAACAAGGUGCUAAAGCAGUGCCUGUGUGCAGUGAGGUCCUGAGCUCAGACCCACAGAACGUGAACGCUCUAAAAGACAGAGCAGAGGCCUACCUCCAAGAUGAACAAUACGAACACGCCAUUAAGGACUUUGAGACCGCUAAGGAGUACAGUGAGAACGACCGUCAGAUAAACGAGGGCCUGGAAAGAGCACAGCGCCUCCUCAGGCAGUCCCAGAAGAAAGACUACUACAAGAUACUGGGGGUCAAGAGGACGGCCCAGAAGAAGGAGAUCAUAAAAGCCUACAGGAAGUUGGCACAGCAGUGGCACCCAGACAACUUCCAGGAUCCUGAGGAGAAGAAAAAGGCUGAGAAGAAGUUCAUAGACAUCGCACAGGCCAAGGAAGUUCUCACUGAUCCAGAAAUGAGGAGUUCCUUUGACCAGGGAGAAGACCCCCUGGACCCUGAGAACAAGCAGGGAGGAGGAGGAGGAGGAGGCCAUCACCACUUCCACAGGGCUUGGGAGAGCUUCCAGGGCUUUAAUCCUUUCGGCUCCGGACCCUUUAACUUUAAAUUCAACUUUAACUAAUCUGGGUCAUUCGGAAAGGACCGGAGCUGCGAUCAGCCUGAUCCGAACAGACGUUCUGAGAGAAGUGCAACCUUCUGAGCCGAAUACUGCUGUGGCAUGAACACAUCUUGUGCUGUCGAAUAUUCUUGGACCCACAUGGCAUUGUUGUUCCUUCAGGGAACUUUAAAGUAUAAGGGGUUCAUUCCCAAGUGACCAAGUAGCCUAAAAUUAUUGUGUACAUACGAGACUGCACUAUUUUUCUAUAAAUUAAAUGACGCUGCAUUGUAAAUACAGAAAUAAAAAAGAUGCCAUUGUAUCUUAUUUAAUUAACAAAAAACUCUCUGUAAUUAUUCAGUUUUACCGUUCGUUAUCAGACGAAUCCGUAAGUUGAUCUUUCAAUUAAAUAGAAUUAGUUCUAUUGCUAGACCUUAGUCUUAAUGUCUAUAAGU